CAGCGAGACCGAAGUGCAGUUGUCGCUUCUGUUGUUCAAUUCUUUCUUGUACUACUUUGCAUUGAAAAAUAACUGGGCGAGCAUGGAGAUCGGGACUGAAAUAAGCAAGAAGAUACGGGCUGCUAUUAAAGGGAAACUGCAGGAGCUGGGUGCCUAUGUUGAUGAAGAGCUGCCUGACUACAUCAUGGUGAUGGUGGCUAACAAGAAGAAUGCUCAGCAGAUGGCAGAUGACCUGUCCCUUUUCCUGGGCAACAACACCAUCAAAUUCACUGUUUGGUUACAUGGAGUCCUGGAGAAACUAAGAUCAGUGGCAGUUGAGCCUGCUUCACUCAGACCUCAGCAUCUCAGUGCAGACCCUUCCUCUGGGGCUGGGAGGAUCCGUGUCCCAUCAGCAGAUGAGAAGAGGGAGGACUUACGGAACCUGGGAGUAUCCAGCUCGCACUCUGACAAAACGGAAGCCAGAGUGUCCACCAGUUCUGUCUAUGAACAUCAUAUUUCCUCUGGAAGGAGAGAGUCCUUUGACAGUGUCAACCCCAGGCUCACCUCAGCCGUCAAGCCACUGGUUGAGUUCCUGUCUUCGGAAGCUGUUAUAGACAUCAAGCCAGAGCCAGAUGAUGACCUCAUAGCAGAAGAGCUGGCAGAAGGGGGGGCACGAGGCAGCAGCAGGCCUGGGACAGUGGUCACCUAUGGCUCUGCGUGUCCAUCCGCUGAGUUGUAUAAGACUCCGCUCAAGGGUCAGUUGAACGUAGGUCAAUCACGCACCCCUGGCCGUGCCCAGGAGAGCCUUUAUGGUUACAAGUCCCCAGAGGGCCUGCGUAGCCAGGAGCAGCCCUACAGCAGACUGCAACAUAGCUAUGCCCACGUUCUACCAGACAGCAGGGGCUCCAGGACUAGUGUGGAUCGUGUUGCUAGAGAGGACGAAGCAUCCCGUAAGCGCAAGGCUCCAGUAGCCAGCUCCAUUGUCCGGGUGAAUAGGGGCAUAGGUGAAGGGCAGGAAAGUGACGAACUUGAGGAGGAGGAUGAUGAGGAAGAUGACGAAGGCUACAGGGCAAGGAGCGGAGGUCUUACGAGUAGGGUGUCCUUACCAUCCAAACCAGAGCGCAGGCCUUCUUUGCCACCUGCAAAGCAGGCAAAUAAAAAUCUGAUAUUGAAAGCCAUUUCUGAGGCCCAGGAAUCCAUUUCUAGAACAACAAACUACGCAACAGCACCCCAAAGGCAAAUGGUUCCCGUGGCCCCUCGCACACGCUCUGCUGGUGAGGACAUGAGCGCAGCUGUACAGCUUGUCCCGGAUAUCCAUGAUCACAUCACCCGUCGAAGUCAGAUUCAAAGCCCGGUUGAGUCUCAGCCAGCCAGACAGCCAGUUCAGACAGGAUUGCUUUCUUCUCGACUCCAGUUGGACCUACCAGAAGAGAGUGUGAGGGGACCAGAAGCUUUCGUGGAGUCUGACCUGGGAGGGAUGAAGCCCAGUGACACACGCUCCUUUAUUAUCCGCCGGGCAGAGGCAGAAGAGGUGGGCUCCAUCCGAAAUCGAUUGGGCGAAGUGAUGGAGGAUGUCCCGCUCCAAGCAGUUCGUACAGUGCAAACCAGGGACAAUGCUGAUGCUGUGGCCUGCAACAGCCCAAAAUUCAUUGUCACCCUAGACGGGGUACCCAGCCCCUUGGCUGACAUUGCUGAAAGUGACAUGGAUAGUGGGGACAAGACCACUGUCCCUGCAAGUCCCCAAGACAGAUGGCCCAAAACCACCAUGCCUCAGAGUCUACAGAGAGAACUCAUGUACUCAGAUGACGAGGAGGAGCAUGCGGAGCAGGCAGCCAUCCCAGUAAAGCGGCAGAAGGUCCUGGAGCGCUGCAAAUUCUGGCCUGUGUGCAAAAUUGGAGACGAGUGCAUGUACCACCACCCCACAGCACAGUGCAAGACCUUCCCCAAUUGCAAGUUUGGAGACAAAUGCUUGUUCAUCCACCCGAACUGCAAGUACGAUGCCAAGUGCACAAAGGCAGACUGCCCCUUCACCCACGUCAGCCGAAGGGGGGCGCCACCCCCAUCCAGACCAACUCUGCAGUCAUCCAGUAGCACCUGCCGCUUCUUCCCAGACUGUAAGAAGGUGGAUUGCCCAUUUUAUCACCCCAAAGCCUGUCGAUUUGCAACUCAGUGCAAGCGGGCUGGUUGUCCCUUCUACCACCCAGUUCUCUCUGUGCCUCCUAGACAUGCUCUCAAGUGGACAAAAGCCACAAGCAGUUAAAUGGGCCAGAACUGCGCAGAAGAAAACCUGAAAGUUGUUACAUGGUCCAGUUUUGACUUUUCACAUUUAUUCAUGAUUGUGUACAUGGACUUUAUAAUUUAGUUUCUUUUUAAAUGUCAAAUUUUCUGACAUUUUUUGUAAACUGCUGUACGUUGACACCAUUAA